AUGACGAAUUUGAGCCCGGCCGAAUCAGCAUUAUAUCUGGAGCGAAGCUCAUCCAAUACAGCCAAUGAUAAUGAAAAUGCUGAUGAUCGGAAGAUAAACUUGAAGAAGCAAAAGCGGGAAUACCGUGAUGAGAAAAAACGAGUUACGCGAGAGCUGUUUACAGCUUUGCAUGAUCCGACAGUUGUUGUUAUGGCUGAUUGGCUAAAAGUUCGUGGAACUUUAAGAAAAUGGAAUCGAUAUUUUUGCAUGCUGAAACCUGGUUUGCUACUCGUUUAUAAAAGCAACAAAAUUGAUAAGCCGGGCCAUUGGAUUGGCACAGUGUUGUUGAACAACUGUGAGCUGAUAGAAAGACCAUCUAAAAAGGAUGGAUUUUGCUUCAAACUGUUUCAUCCGAUGGAUCAGAGUAUAUGGGCAACACGUGGACCGUUAGGCGAAAGUCAUGGUGUGGUUACAAUUCAGCCCUUACCUACUGCUUAUUUGAUUUGUCGAGCACCAUCUGAGCAAGCAGGUGGCUGUUGGAUGGAUGCUUUGCAUUUGACUCUCCGUUGCAGUGGUCUCUUAAUGAGGAGCAUGCGUAAACUUUCUAACUGUAAUCAGAAAGAAGAAGAAACAACCAUCGAUGAACCGAAUACCUUUGGAGAUAUUUCAUAUAAUGAUACCGUUGAAAGUUCUCAAGAAUUCAGCGAAGUUGAGGCAGAAAAACAUUUUGACGGCUUGAAUGAUGAUGUUGAUCGGGCAGCAUCAGGUAGCGAUGAUGAAACUAUUGAUUAUGAAGAAGAGAGCUCAUACAUUCAGUCAGAUCCAGAGCAGUUUGGUCCAACAACACAAGUCGAAGAUCUUGCUGAUGAAAACAGAAGUCUUGUAUGGAGUUUACUGAAACAAGUACGACCUGGAAUGGACCUUUCAAAAGUUACUUUGCCUACAUUCAUUUUGGAACCGCGUUCGUUCCUCGAAAAACUUACAGAUUUCUAUUACCACUCAUAUAUUAUUGCUGAAGCUGCUACUGAGGAUGAUCCCUUACAAAGAAUGAAAACGAUUUUAAAAUUUUAUUUGAGCGGAUUUUACAAGAAACCAAAAGGUUUAAAAAAACCAUAUAAUCCGAUAUUAGGAGAAACAUUUCGAUGUAAAUGGGAACAUCCCGACAAUUCAACAUCUUACUAUGUUGCUGAACAGGUCUCUCACCAUCCACCAGUUUCGGCCCUUUUCUUAACGAAUCGUAAAGCAGGUUUCAAUAUAUCAGGUACAAUACUGGCAAAAAGCAAAUAUUACGGGAACAGUUUAUCAGCUGUGAUGAUCGGUGAUAUACGAAUAACGCUUUUACGGCGGGGUGAAACAUAUAUUGCUACCCUUCCAUAUGCUAACUGUAAGGGUAUCAUGAUUGGAACAUUGUCAAUGGAGUACGGUGGUCAGGUUAGAAUAGAGUGCAAUCGUACCGAUUAUGUAUGCGACCUUGAUUUUAAAUUAAAACCAUUCAUUGGAGGAGUGGUGAAUCUUAUUACGGGAGAUAUCAAAUGUAAAAAAGAAUCAGUGGCGCAUAUUGAAGGAGCUUGGGAUGGCGAAAUUUAUAUAAUCGAAAAGGAUUUAAAGACACUUUUAUGGGCACCAACAUCUGAUGUAAUUGCAAAACGACUUAAGCGUUACGAAAUUCUUCUGGAAGAGCAGGGUGAUUGGGAAUCAAAGAAGUUAUGGUUGAAAGUAAGUGAAGCAAUAGCUCAAGACAAUCAGAAAGCUGCAACGGAAGAAAAAAGUAGAUUAGAGGAUGAACAACGCGCUCGCGCUAAAUCUGGUGUACUCCACAAACCUAAGUGGUUCAAGCAAGAUUUGCUGUCGAAAAAUUAUGAAUACAUACAUGCUGAUUAUCAAGCGUGGGAUGAAAAUGAUGAUAUUCGUCAAAUUGAACACGGUUAUGUAAUACGGACAAAAACUAAACAUGGAACCAAAGAGCGGUCUGCUUCACCGCUGAGCUCAGCUUCUGUGCAGCAAGAGCAGUCUGAAGAUUCUGAUUCACCCGGAAAUAAGCGAUAUUGCCAGAAAAAGAGAUCACAUAGUUCACGAGAUUUUGAUCGCUUACAACAAGUGGAAGACACUCUGGAUCGUAUUGUGCAGUUCUUACAGCGUUUAGAAACAAACCUUGAAAACAGAACCAGUGUAGUCGUGACACAACAACAACUAAUCGUUAUUAUGUCUUUUUUUAUAAUUCUUCAUGUUGUUAUCUUACCUCUUCUUUUCGGGUCACUAAAUAAGCUAUGA